CAGAACAGUAUUCGAAUAUCUUAGGCGUUGAAAAAAAACAGACAAUCAUGAAUUUUAAAAAUUGUAUUCUGUUUUUAUCUUUGUUUGUUCAUUUGUCUAAAGCAAAUCCUGGGCUUUGCGAAGAUCCGUCGAUUCUAACCAGACUUCAUACAAAGAUUUUAGAACAAGGCAACGAUGUUACCAAGGAAACAGUAAUAGAGUACAUAAAACAACAAAACGUGAUGAGAGAUUUUGAUAUUUCUAUAUUCGAUAUCAAUAAGAUACUUUGUUCAGUGUGGAGUACUAAAAUGUCACCGAACGAAUUUAUAGCAGUAAUAACAUCAAAAUUUACUUUUUGGGAUCUCCAAGAUAUUUAUAACGGAAUCGUCAAAAACCGUCCAGUUACCAAGAGCGCAGUUAAAGAGUAUUUACGGGAGAAACUAAAGCUGGUUGAAAACGAACUGACAACAGCAUUGAAAGAAACUGAUAUGUCAUGGAACGAGUUUUAUACAUUAAUGGUUUUUAAAAGUUUAUCUAUACGCUACAACACCGACCAGUUGAGGAUUUAAACAUUUGCAACCCCCAAGCAAGGCUACAAAUUUACUGCAACUUUCUAUCGCCGUUCGCUGUAAUAAUAAAAUUAAACUUUUUAAAUUAUUCAAGUUUAUUUAAAUAAAAAUUCAAGGUUUAUGUAUUAAUUUUUUAAAAAUUUAGAGGGUGUGUGUUUUUUUGUGUUAAUUGAAUACUGUACUAUU